CAAAAUAAUUCUCUGAAGAUCAAUUUCAAUGAAUAAUUUUUACUUUCAAGUUGAAAUAACGUUGUGAAUUUUUGAUUUGUAACAGAACUUAUAUUUAGAUCUCAGUGUUGGGAAAAUGGAUCUGCUGCGUAAGUGCGUUUUGGUGCUUGUGAUGGGAUACCAGUUGACUAAGGCAUGUCAUCAUAACCACACAUGUCCAUUUGCCAUUUUCACAUGUAAUGGAGAUACAAUAAUAUUUGACUGCGAGUUAUCUGCAAAUGACAUCCAUCCCGAAAGUGUACAAUUCCAAUUUGAAACUGGUUCUGAAGAGAAAUUGUGUACAAUUGAGAGGGGAUCAAUUCCACCCCCGGAUCCAGACAAACAUGGACAGUAUUUCGUCAAAAUGGAAGCAACAUAUGCAAGAGGACGGGAGCAUGCCGAAAAAUGUCAAAUAGAAGCUGAGGUACGAGAAACAGUUGUCGUGGCGACGGCACCCAAUACAGGGCGUAUACGAUUCAGGGUGCCUCCAUGUCGUAGUGAUGAGCCCCCCAUGUCAUUCUUGGCAGAACCAAUUUAUGAUGAGCCUUUACCAUUUAAGCAAUGCUUAUGUAAAAAUCGUGGAAAGUGUGUACGUGAUGAAAAUGGAGUGAGGGUGGAUUGCAAAUGUAAAAGACGUUUCACUGGAGAGCGAUGUGAGCUGCCUCGGUCUGAAUAUAGAUUGCCAUGCAGGAGGCCUGCAAAGAACCCGUCUGGUGCUAUAAUAUGGUGUGGGGAAGAACCAAGACAGCAGUGUCCGGAUAACACGUUUUGUGCAAUGAUCCCCGGUCAGGGGUAUGGCGUAUGUUGUCCAUUGAGCCGUGUCAGAGGACCUGGUUAAAAAUGUGACUGCAAACAAUGAUAAAUGAAAUGGACACUUAGUUACUACUUACAUUUUGGAAAUAAAAUAUAUUAGAAUAUUUCUAGCACAACUUCUUGAGGUACAUCAGGUCACUUAGCUAUUGUGGUGAUGGCAUACCAAUCUUUAAGACGAUGUAGUGAAACGGUGAACAUUAAAUUUAUUUCA